CAACAACGAAAAAUAUAUUUAAACCAAAAUAAAAUUGAUGAAUUAACGGACUCAUAAUAACAGUGAGAAAAAUAGCAAUGGCGGAUGUGAAGAUGAUCGGCGUGAUAGGCGGUGGGCAGAUGGGAUCAGGAAUAGCCCAACUGACCGCCAUGCAUGGCAUCGACGUCUGCCUUCUAGAUGUCAACCCUCAAGUUCUUUCAACUGCCUCCUCUUCCAUUUCUUCUUCCAUCAACCGUCUUGUUUCCAAAUCCCAACUCUCUCAAUCUACAGCUUCCGAUGCUCUCAAACGACUGCGUUUUACAACUAAUUUAAAUGACCUCUCUGUUGCUGAUUUUAUUAUUGAAGCUAUUGUUGAAUCUGAAGAGGUUAAGAAAUCUUUGUUUGUUCAAUUAGAUAAGAUUGCUAAGUCUUCUGCUAUUUUGGCUUCUAAUACUAGUUCCAUCUCUAUCACUCGUUUAGCUUCUUCUACCACAAGGCCUCAACAGGUGAUAGGAAUGCAUUUUAUGAAUCCUCCUCCAGUGAUGAAAUUGAUUGAGAUUGUGCGAGGUGCCGACACUUCUGAUGCGACAUUUGCUGCCACAAAAGCACUAUCACAGAGGCUUGGCAAGACAGUAAUAACUUCCCAGGAUUAUUCAGGCUUCAUAGUGAACAGAAUCCUUAUGCCUAUGAUAAAUGAAGCAUUUUAUACUCUGUACACCAACGUUGCAACCAAAGAGGAUAUUGACACGGGUAUGAAGUUGGGUACUAACCAUCCAAUGGGCCCUUUAGAGCUUGCAGACUUCAUUGGAUUGGAUGUAUGCUUGUCUAUAAUGAAAGUUCUUCAUGCUGGCCUUGGGGACAAUAAAUAUUCACCUUGCCCUCUACUUGUACAGUAUGUUGAUGCUGGCAGACUUGGAAGAAAACGAGGUAUUGGCGUGUAUGACUAUAGUAAAGAGCAAAAGUCUUCAAAAUCAUCUUCUCGUCUCUAAAAUGUUUGGUUUCCUUGGAAGAAUAAGUUGUCAGCACCACACUUGCACCCUGUUUCUGAACUUUGGGUACAUUACUGAAAUUGAGUGGAAUAGAGUUAGUCAUCUGAUCUCGAUCUCUCUUUCACUCAUUCGUUUUUGAGCUCGUCUCUUCUAUUUUAUGUUACAUUUGUUUCAGACAUGCUUGUAUAAUAUUUUAAUAGCCAAUGACUAUUAUGAUAAGAUUAGUAUGUACAUUAACACAAGGAUAGGAUAUGGUUAAAAAAUAGUUAUAGGAACUAGAGGUCAAUAGCAACCCAAGAGCACGAGGAUUGAAGGUGGUUUCUGUCUUUGGAUUGAAGGUGGUUUCUGUCAAGAGCACGAGGGAAACCUGGUGUUAUGAUUGAAUGUUCAUACUCGGUGAUGAAGCGAACAAAAUUUGGUUUGAUUUUUCUGUCCAUUCUGUAUAUUGCUCUUGGUUUUUGGCCUGUUUAUUCUAAUAAUACAGCAAUGUUUGUUGUUCUUGAAA